AGGGAAAGGCAUGGAAAGUGGAAUGCUAUCUUAUCCAGGAUAACAUUUCAAUUUUCAAGCACUAAGCUUCUUCACACUCGAGGCUAGCACCGCCGGGUAACGUCACAAUGGCCUUUUCAUCUUCCUUAUGGUCUUCCCUCUUCGUUCCCAACCCAAACCAAACCAACAUUCUCCCUCGCUUCUCUCCCAAACCCUCCAAGCUCCCGCUCCCGCCCGCAUUCGCCAUCCCCCCGCUCUCCACCGCCGCCGCAGCCGACGUCUCCGGCGCCAUCGACGGGACCACCAUCGCGGUGCUGAGCGGGGGGUUCGUGGCGGCGGUGGCGGCGGCGGUGUCGCUGACGGACCCGGAGAGGCGGCGGCAGAUGCAGGCGGAGGAGGUGGGCGGGGGCGACAAGGAGGUGGUGCGGGAGUACUUCAACAACUCCGGGUUCCAGCGGUGGAAGAAGAUUUACGGCGACACCGACGAGGUGAACCGGGUUCAGCGCGACAUUAGGGUGGGCCACGCCAAGACCGUGGAGAACACGCUCUUGAUGCUCAAGGACGAGGGGUCGCUUCAGGGUGUCACGGUUUGCGACGCUGGCUGCGGCACGGGUUCGCUCUCUAUUCCCCUUGCCAAAGAGGGCGCUGUUGUUUACGCCAGUGAUAUCUCCGCCGCUAUGGUCGCCGAAGCUGAGAAACAGGCAAAAGAACAACUUGUGGGAAGUGAGAAUGGAUCUGCGCCUGUGAUACCAAAGUUUGUAGUGAAGGAUUUGGAGAGCUUGGAUGGCAAGUAUGACACUGUGGUCUGCCUUGACGUUUUGAUUCAUUACCCCCAAAGCAAAGCAGAUGGGAUGAUUGCCCACCUUGCAUCACUGGCCAACAACCGAUUGAUUCUGAGUUUUGCCCCAAAGACAUUUUAUUAUGAUCUCCUAAAGAGGGUUGGAGAGUUGUUCCCUGGGCCUUCAAAGGCAACAAGGGCAUAUCUUCACUCCGAGGCAGAUGUAGAGAGAGCAUUGCGAAAGGUUGGAUGGACCAUAAGGAAGAGAGGCUUAAUCACUACUCAAUUUUACUUUGCUAAGCUUGUUGAGGCCGUUCCUAUGUAAUGAGGACUUAAAAGGUAAGCUUUGUAUAAUUAGAGGAAAUUCUUAGUGUAAAUUGUAAGGCCUUCUUUUUCGUGAUUUUGUAUGCAAUUAUUCUCCGCAUGUAAUUCUAUUAUGUAUAUUUAUUCGUAGUUUAGAAGAUACUGAUGAAUUGAGGUAUGUUUUUGGGGGAGAUAGAGUGGGGUGGUGGGUUACCAGUGCAUUGGAUGAGCUUCCUACAUAUUGAAGUUACAACUGAGGGAGAGCAGUUAGUUCCUGUAUGGCAUUUUUUGUAAUAAUAAUAGCACAAUCUGGUUUCUAGAAUGUAACACAAUUAACUAAUAUAUUGAAGAUAAAUUUAAGUAUCA